AUGGAGAGUCAAAUAGAACAUAGCGUGAAUAUCAUUUAUGAUAAAUUUAUUAGUAAGAAGAAUACAACUGGAAAGUAUAUGUGUCCACAUGAAGGAUGUGGGAAAUGUUAUGAUAGUGAAGAGUCUCUUCACCGACAUAUGAAUCGACACUCUACUAUUAAAGAACAUAUUUGUGAAUUUUGUGGUAAAGCCUUCUUAAGAAAGUCAGAGUGUGAAAUUCAUGUAAGAAUUCAUACUGGAGUUAAGCCAUAUUGUUGCAGCAUUUGUCAGAAACGCUUUGCUCGUGCUACUGAUCUUAAGAUUCAUAUGCUUUAUCAUUCUGAUGAGAAACCAUUUCAAUGUCCAUUCCCAGGUUGUACUUUACGUUUUAAACGUAAGAGUGAUGCUAAAAAACAUUUAAGAAUACAUGUCAAAAAAAUUCAUGGAAAUGUUACAGAACUAAUAUCCCCACAUUGUUCUGCUUUCAAGGUUGUUCCUAAACAAUUAAUAAGUAUUGAGCCAUAUGGAGUAAUGUAUUAUUGUAAUUAG